AUGUUGCUAUUUCCAUCGUGGAGACCCGAACUGCACGAGGGUUGCAGAGUGCCCAGGUGGAUCUCGGCUGAGGGAAUCGCGUCUUACGUAGCCAGGCCUGUUGCCUUACCAGCUCUACCGCGACAGAUUGAAGACGGCGAAUCGUGCGGAAGUUUGUCUCCGGAAAGGCAAAAUGAUUCUGGAUCGGACAACGACUGCAUUUGCGAAUGGAGAGGCUGCGGCGCAAGAUUUGACACCGUCACGCGAUUGUCCGCACACGUAGCUAGAAACCAUGCGCACGCGCACGCCGACGGAUUCUUCUACUGCUGUUGGAAGGGAUGCACGCGUUCGGAACGAGGAUUUAAUGCAAGAUACAAGAUGAUAGUUCACAUGAGAAUUCACACAAACGAGCGCCCGCAUACGUGCAAUCAAUGUCAGAAGAGUUUUUCGCGAGCGGAAAACCUCAAAAUACAUCUACGCUCGCAUUCCGGGGAAAAACCGUACGUGUGUCCAUACGAGGGUUGUGGUAAAGCCUACUCAAAUUCCAGCGACCGAUUCAAGCACACCCGCACACACAAAGUGGACAAGCCAUACUGCUGCAAAGCCUUCGGUUGUAACAAACGCUACACGGACCCAUCGAGUUUAAGAAAACACGUAAAAGCCUACAAACACUUCACCAAUGAAAAGGACAGUCCAAAACGAGAAACAUCGCCACCGCAGAGAUUUGGAAGCUUAUCACCAAUGCGAGAAUAUCUACCAAUCCCUCCAACGUCCCCCCAGGACGAUAGACUAUUAUCGCCUACCUUCUAUCCCCCAGUGCCUUCAGAACCAUUUCGAGCACCGUUGAACUACAUGACAAUGAUGAACCCAGCUUAUAUUCGACAUGUAGACAACGUCUAUACUAGAGAACCUUCGCAAGAUACUUUUGCAGAAUACUCUAAAAUGUACGACCAGACUUACAGGCACUAUUACACUGUCAGUGGCGAUUAUCCAAUUCUAAAGCCGAUGGUUAAAGAGAAUUACACUUACGAGAAGAGAAUAGAAGAUGUAUCAAUGAGCGAUCAGGUCGAGUAUUUAGAUACUGCCAAAGAUGAAUACGAUGAAAACGUGCCAUUGAAUCUGAUGUGCGCUAAGCGAUUGGAUUGUAAACCAAUCGAACCCCUAGUCAGAAACACGGAAUUACCUUUAGACCUAAGCACGAAGAACUGA